AUGGAGGAGAAGUUUUCAGUGGUGAUCGAUGUGGAGAAGAUUUGUGAGGAAGGGGAGUGCAAGAAGCUAAGAGAAGCAUGUGAAAAAUGGGGUUGUUUCAGGAUCAUUAACCACUCUAUUCCUGCAACUCUCAUGGGUGAAAUGAGGAAGGUCGUCGAAGCUCUGUGCGAGCUUCCUCUGGAGACCAAGAAACGCAACAUAGAAGACAUUGGUGAUGGUGGUUACGCCGAACCAAAUACCCUCAGCGCCUUCUAUGAGGCUCUGGGAGUCUAUGACAUCAGUUCAUCACAAGCCAUUCACAAUUUCUGUUCUCAACUUCAUGCUUCGCCUCACCAGAGGCAAAUAAUGGAGGCAUAUGGGCAAGCUCUUCAUGGACUAGCAGUGAAAAUAGGACAAAAGAUGGCUCAGUCCCUUGGUGUAGUGCAUGGUGUUGAUUUCGAGGACUGGCUUUACGAGUUUAGGUUUAACAAUUAUAACUUCACCCCAGAAGCAGUAGGAUCCAUUGGAAUUCCACUACACACGGAUUCAGGCUUCUUAACUUUUCUUAAAGAUGAUGAAAAUGUUGGUGGUCUUGAAGUGAAGGACUCUUCUGGAUCCUUUGUGCCAAUCCCUCCUUUCCCUGGGACCUUCCUUGUCCUUCUUGGAGACAUUGCUCGUGUUUGGAGCAAUGGAAGGUUCUGCAAUUUGGAACACCAGGUGCAAUGCAAGGAUGGGAACAAACGACUUUCAAUUUCUACAUUAAUUUUAGCACCCAAGAACAGGAAUGUUGAGGCCCCGGAGGAGCUGGUGGACCAUCAUCACCCUCGGCUGUAUCACCCUUUUACUUAUGAAGAUUAUAGGAAUGUCAGAGCUAGCAAGAAGGUUUCCCUUACGGAAACCCUUGAGCUGUUUCGCUUGGUCUAG